CACUAUGGGACUGUCUGCAUACUGCCGACACUGAAAGCUAACGAUCUUGAACAGGCGCUCUUAUCGGUAUCACAGUCGUACCAAUUACAAGGAUUCACUAUUACACAUAUCAUGGUAGAUAUGCAAUUCAAAUCACUUGCUCAGCGUCUUAAGAACCAUCAAAUCUCAGUGAACAUUGUGUCCAAAGAAGAACACGUGCCUGAGAUCGAACGAUUCAUUCGAGUGAUCAAGGAACGAUGCCGCUCAUCCUUUGCAAUGUUGCCAUUUGAACGAAUUCCCAAGAGACUUCUUGUUGCUUUACUCAAGAAUGUAGUUUUCUACCUCAAAGCAUUUCCGUGGCCAGAUGGUGUCUCCAAGGAACUCAGUCCUCUUACAUUGGUCGAGGGACAUCUCCUGAGCUACAAGCUUCAUUUUCAAGUUAUCUUUGGUGAAUAUGCCCAGACUUACGAAGGCACGGACAACACCAUGUGCGAACGGACUGUUGGGGCAAUUGCAAUUGGCCCCUCCGGGAAUUUGCAAGGGGGCAUACUGUUUUUCAGCCUUGAUACUGGACGGAUCCUCACUCGAACUAAAGACAAUUAUCAAUUGUUGCCCAUGCCGACUGAUGUGAUCAAACGUGUACAUCGGAUGGCCCGUAAGAGUCGCUCGGGGCUACAUUUUGGAAACCGAAAUAACAUCAUGGAUGACCCUGAUCCGGAUGAUGAUUCCGAUGACAAAGAUUAUGAUCCUACUACUCAUGCUGACAUCACCGUUGAUCUUCCUGAUGAUCCUGAAUCAACCCCAACAUCUAAUCCGGACGAUUCUAGUUCCGACACUGAUCCAACUGACACUGUCGGGACUACAGGAGUGGACCCCCCGACAUCGCUUCUGAACCAAACGACGAUUCGGAUGAUGACAGUUCAACAGAUUCAACUGAUAGCCAGAUAGAGAUUGUGUUUGAACCAGAGGAUGAAAUCACGGAAGAACUCAACGAUGAUGAACAAAGUGCAGGAGUGGACCAUAAUGAUGAACAAAUCACAGGAGUGAAUGAUGAUAAUUCAGAUGACGACAACUCAUCGGAAGAUGACCAGAUACGUACACAGAGUGGACGUGUCGUAAGGAGCACACAGGAUGACGACUUUGUUUACUUGAGUGUUAGCGAGGCAAUCGAUAAUCUUGGGUGUGACCUACAGCUCACUCAUGUAUGCAAUAUGACCGAUUUUACAUCACCAGACAAAGUCAGAUCUCUGUCGCAACAUGAACGACAGAAUUACAUACAAGCACUCAAUUUCAUUGAGGACAAUUUCAGCUACUACGAUUUCAUUAGCGAUUAUGCUAUGACUCAGAUGAGUGUCCGAGAGGGUUUGAAACGUCAUGGUGACGAAGGAAAAGCAUCAGUCAUGAAGGAGCUCGGUAACUUAGUGUCACGAGACUGCUUUGGAGAGGUCAAUUAUGAGAGCCUAACUAAUGAACAGAAGCGGAAGGCACUUCCGAUCCUCAUGUUCAUGAUAUUCAAACGCAGCGGACAACUGAAAUCUAGAGGGUGUGCGGAUGGGAGACCACAGCGCAUAUGGACUGAUAAGCGUGAUGUGUCCUCGCCAACACCAGCGGCAGAAGCGCUCAAGUAUGUACUUGCAAUAAUCGCAAUGGAAGACUGUGAUGUAGCUACAUUCGAUUUACCGGCACAUUUUUUACAAACAGACAUGGAUGAGGAAUUGUAUCUCAAGAUUACUGGAGCAGUAGCCUUAUUACUCGUCGAAUACGACAGAGAUCAGUGGCAGAAACACCUACGGAAGGAAAAAGGAAGACCGGUCAUCUAUGUUUUGUGCAAGAAAGCUAUCUACGGAACUCUGAACGCAGCUAUACUUGCAUACAAGAAAUUGACUGGACAUCUACAAGAGUGGGGUUUGGAGAUGAAUCCAUAUGAUCCAUGUGUCUGGAACAAAAACGUGAGCAAUUCACAGCUGACAAUCGUUUUCCAUGUGGACGAUGGGAUUAUUAGCCAUGUUGAUCCCAUAAUUGUUACCAACGUACUGAAGCAACUGACAGCCGUGUACGGUAAGACCGAUCCCCUGACAAUCACCAGAGGAAAGAUUCAUGAGUAUCUUGGUAUGACGCUGGAUUUUACGACCAGUGGGCAAAUCGAGAUUACCAUGUAUGACUACAUCAAGAAACUCAUCGACAAGCUUCCAAGUGAGAUGAUCGGUGAGAAACCGACAGCCACAUCAGAAUAUCUAUUCAAGACGAAUGGAACGGACUGCAAGUUACUAGACAAGAAGCGUGCGGACGAAUUUCACACAUUGACAGCAACGAUUCUGUAUUUGGGAAUGAGGUGCAGGGUUGAUUUACAAUUGCCUUGCGGAUUUUUGUGCACUAGAGUCAAAUCACCUGACGAGCAUGAUUGGAAGAAAUUAGGACACCUGGCAAAGUAUAUCCAGCAGACACGAUAUCUUCCACUCAUACUUCAAUCCGAUGGAGAAGGCUCGAUCACCUACAUGGACGGAGCACACGCAGUGCAUGCCGAUAUGAAAGGUCAUGGAGGUGUGUAUUGCACAGAGGGUAAGGGAGCAAUGUAUAGUUCAUCGACCAAACUCAAACUAAAUACGGUCAGUAGUACCGAAACUGAAAUAGUUGCAGUUGGCGAAAAGUUGCCAAAGUCAAUGUGGUUUCGUCUAUUUCGAAUUGCACAAGGAGGGUAUGACAAGGAGGAUAUCCUCAUGCAAGAUAAUCAGAGCACUAUUUUACUUGAGAACAACGGACGUUUCUCGGCGGGCAAGGGUAGCAAGCAUAUCGACAUAAGAUAUUUCUUUGUUACCGAUCGAAUCAAAAAGAAACACCUCAAGGUACAGUAUUGUCCAACCGAAGAAAUGAUUGCCGAUUUCUUCACGAAACCGGUUCAGGGAGCUCUGUUUUACAAGUUUCGAAAUGCAGUAUUGGGCGUGAACCCAAUUGACUUUGAUAAGUACAAGCAAAAGUACUAUGAGGUCCUACAACGGUACAAUCUCAUCAGUGAUCAGGAGGCCACUGAGAGACUGCAGGAGUGUGUUGGAGAGCGUACGCAUGACAGACAGAGAAUGACAGGCUCGCACACACGAUUCAAAAUAAUCCGUUGCAGGACAGAACAAACCUGGGAAAUAAUAAAUCCAGAGAGAAAGGCCACAAGAGCCAGAUUAUCAAGAAAACCCAAGAAUAAGAUUGAUCUCACUUUUCUUGUGUUUACCAACUUAGAAAUCUAACAAUAACAUACAUAUUCAAUACAUCUCCUCUAUCUACACAUUCAUCAUUUAGUGAAGUGAUAGCCGCGAGAUUACUGUCUAACAGAGUGAGGAAUCAAAAAAUAAUCAAAUCCCUGUGAUUUACGAUCGUACAGUACGAGUUACGGUACGUACUAACGGUACAAAUAAAGAGUGCUGUUGAUUCAAAUUAAAUUCAAUAUCCAUUGAAUCCGAUUUCUAACUCGCUCACAUCCACGCGCCACCGUUCGACGUGAUUCGCCAAUCUUCAUCUCUCUUGUUUUUCAAUCCGCACAACAGCCAUUCCUACACCAUCACCUCCGCAACCCUCCCGGCACGGCAUUGUUAUUCCGUAUUCAAAGCAUCCACUGCAGUGGUUUAGUAAUGUUGCCGUCCAAGUUCCGCAAUCUAUAAACUUUAUUUGCAGCUGACUUUUAGACAUGGGCUCCGCAUUCUCGUUCGAACAGUAUGGAUAUCGAAUGGGUGAUCUAUCACUUAACUCACAACGACGAUGAAGAUUUCACGUCCCUUGUCGACUUGGACAUUGACCUUUGUAGAUCCGACCAAGAUCAAUGGGACCGACUACUUAUAGGAUUGUCGAGAAAUCGAACCGUAACGAGUGUAGAAUUAUUGAGAGGAUACCAAGGUUCCGUCGUAAACGAGGAUGAUUUGCGACGACUUUUUGAAGCACUGCGUCUUAUCCCACGCUUGUCGAAAGUGAAACUUGAUUGUUUCACAACCUUCGAUUUAGAGCACUCAGAACUCCUCUUUCGAAACAACUCAACAAUCGAGGAACUUUGGGUUGAAAAUUGCCAUUUUCAUAGAGACAACACAGGAAGUAGCAGCGACGAAGAUAAUGAUAUCGAUAAUGACCACGAUGGCAAGGAUGACGACGAGGGCUACAACCAAUACGAACGCUUUCUAGGGCAUCUUGCCUCGAUGCAUCGACUCCGCCAACUUCGAAUCGAAAUGCCAAUGCAAUUGUCCCGCGAUGCACCCCUCGCCCAUUUGCUGAGGUGCUCUUCGGAAUUGCGAUCGGUGGUGCUGGAGACCUCUACUGCCCGUACAGUCCAAAUGAUUCGAAACGCGACAAGGCGUCAAAACUUUGCUGACACAAUGGUCGCAUUGCGAUCCAACGAAACCCUGGAGACAUUUGAUAUGGACUUCKGUAUCUCCUUUUCUGAAUUCAAAGAAGUCGCCGCAAUGCUAAAACACAACAACACGUUGAAAGAGCUUUGCCUCCGGCUCGAUCCAUCAACGGCCAUCAUAAAUAGCAUUGGUGAAGACUCUGGCGCCUACCUCUCUGAUUUCCAUAAUGAUUUCAACGAUUCAGUUCAGUCUUUGUUUGAGGCCCUGAAAACUAACACUAAUAGCUCAUUGAGAAAGUUUAGGCAGUACAACAUGGAGGAUCGGAAUUUGGAAUUCACCCUGUCAAAAGAAGGUGACAACAACAGCAAUCGAAAGAAGAUAGUCCAAAACCUGAUCGAAAUCGGUUUGGAUAUGCUAGAAUGCAAUCUUUCCCUGGAAUUCUUCUCGUUCUUUCUGUUUGACCUUGACUUUUACCGCGGUGGUGGAAGCUUGCGAGAGAAAAAGCAGUUGUUCCUGCGAUUGAACCAACGUGGUCGAAAAUCUGUCCUCCACCCCAGUAUACGAGAAAGGGUAUCGAAGGUUUCUUUCAUUGAACAACUCGCAAAACACAGCAUCGAUGACCUAGACGGGCUUUUCUACUACAUUUCUAUGAAUCCAUCGAUUUGCAAACCGCCAACAGAAGACGCUGUCUGCUCUGCUAUAACAAGUGUGAUUUCCCGCCAAAAUGGGUGCGAUCCUAAAAUCACCGGCGACUGGGCAUCCUCGAUUUCACUCGAAAGUGGUCUCGUCGAGGACCAACAAGUAGUUCCUCAAACGAAACGAUGCCGUUUUGACCGCAUUUCCCAGGAUCAAGUGACGAAACCUUGACACAGUCGUUGGAUGAUGUAGAUAUUGUGUACGCGUCAGUUAUUGCAUUCAAUGCUUGCACAAGUUCUCUGGCAUUGCAUCCCAGCGACGGAAAAUGCAGGGUAAUGAAGAAAACUGUUUCUUCUCGAAGAGACAUCAUUUCAAUGAUCCCAAACACCAGCGCCGAGAAAGACAACCAAAGAUACUACUAUUGGUGUAUUCUGCUCAUCAGUAGAGUAAUACUAGCUCUGCUCCCAAUCGUUUUGGGCAGUCCAACAUGGCAUAAUAUGAACAUCACCAUUUCUUCCUGCACAUAUCUAUGGAGUUUGGAAAAACCUACAUAAGAAAUGGCUUUGACACUGUUUUCAGUUCAAUGUAGUUGAUAAGUACGUAGUACUACUAUCCUUCGGUUAUGAUUUUUAACCAUUUUGAAUCAGAAAUACGAUAUACAGUACUCACACGGUAAAUUCGACUAAAUCGACCAAAAACAACCAAUCACGGACGUUAUCAAAAAAACAACCCGUUCCAUCAUCAAUCGAUGGAUGUGACCUUCAACCUGUCACCAACAAUUAGGUUGGAAUGGUCCUUCUUCAGGUUUGUGACAUACGAAAAGCCUUUUCAGCAAUGCUAAAGAGCACAACAGUAAAUGUGGAAUUCCGGGCAAAUAUUCUUUUCUUGAAAGACCUUUAGAAAUGCGCCAUACUCUCAAAUGAACUAGGUGCGAGGAUGCAGCGAAUUUUAGAAUUCUGGGGCGAGCGGAUCAACGAUGACGAAUGCCAAUGAUUGCGGUAAUCAUGAAUGCGCCAUAUGCCAAGACACGUUGAAGAACCCGAUCACACUUCCGUGCAAUCAUAGGUAUUGCUCGGACUGCCUGGACUCGUGGAGAUGUAGACACGUCUUUGACAAACAAAAAACGUGUCCCGAGUGCCGCAGCAAAAUACCCGUGACCAAAUCUAUGGUUGCGCAGCUCGAAUCCUUCCGAAGGUUGCGAUCCGACCUGGAGAACAAACUUAACAAACGCCCCUGCCCGUUGCCAGCCCUUCCCGGGACAGCAGAUUACAACUAUACGAAAGGCUUCUACGGAAACAUCGGGGACAGCGAAAUCGUGCGAAUCCGCAAUCUUUCGCCCGAACUCCAACAGAGGACGCUUCGAUCCAUACUCGAGACGGCGCAUGUUCACUUCGAUUGUCAAAUCCGGGACUUAGAGGAGCAAAUAAGCGACGGCAUCGUGCUCGAAGAAUACAAUACACAGACGGAAGACUACGAUGAAUUGCCUAACGAGAUUGGAGUUGCCUGUGAAAACAACAACGUCGAAAUGGUUCUGGAAUGGCUUGGUGAUCCACCCAUUCCAUCGAGACGCAUCAAUGCCAAAAAUUCAAAGUCAAACGAAAUGACCCUGCUCCACCAUGCAACAAAGGGAAACAGAAUAAACUUGGUCCGGUUUCUCUUGCAAAACGGUGCCGAUAUCAAUUCUCCAACGGCAAUGGGACUCUCGUCGUUCUUGGCCUCUUGUACUUGCAAACGAUACGAGUCUAUCGCCAUGCUUUUCCUCGAGUGGGGUGCCGACAAGGAUGCCACGGCACCGGGACCACCGGGGGUAGGGGAUGUCACGGCAAUGGAUAUCGCCCGGGGUUUUGCCGAGAACGACGAGCUCGUCGAAGUUCUGAAAAGCCCUCUCGGUGGUCGCCGCUGUCAGAUCGUUGGGUUGAAACACGGAGCAGCAGACAUCGAUGGCCGGACUUGCAUCGUCGGGAAAUAUUUCGAGGCCACGGAGGAGUACGCUGUGACGAUCGGUGACGAUUCGUUGCGGGAUGGCGAUGCACGGACCAAAAUCAAGAGUCGAAACCUGAAACGACGCGAUCGGACGACGCAAAGUCCCGGUUUUGUUCUGGAAUUCCAUGGUCGGGAAGCAGGAUCGAACGCCAUAAAGUGGAAGGCGAAAAAUGUCUCGAAGCAAGACCUGGACUACCCGUGACCUAACGUCCUGCGUGCACCGAUGCAACCUUCUGUCCUCGGUUCCGGGAGGGCGGCUUUCGACAGAAGAUUGUUUUGCUCUGCCCGGGCACCUGCCACGCCAAUCAC